CUUUUUCCUCCAUCUGCCAGAGCUUCUGUCUCUCUGGUGGCUCCUUCUCCCUUGGGCAACCCAGUGGGUUGGCCUGCAGGUGCAGAAGGUGCAGGCGGCUGCCCUCCUGGCCCUGUCCUGCCCUGCCUGGAGGGAUAACGUUGGAAGUGAUGGCCGGAGGCAAUGAGCGGAGCAUGAAGGCCCUGAAGGAGGUGUGGAAAAGAGCGGAAAACUCUUUGUGCGCCGACUGCGGGAAGCCGGAUCCUGACUGGGCAUCCUCUACUUUGGGUGUCUUUAUAUGCCUCAGCUGUUCAGGAAUUCACCGCAACAUCCCUAGCAUCAGCAAAGUCAAAUCCCUGAAGAUGGACCACUGGGAUGAUGCUCAGGUGCAGUUUCUGGCCAAGCAUGGGAAUGCUGUGACUAAAGCCACAUAUGAAGCUCACAUCCCUAUUUACUAUUACCAGCCAAACUACAAUGACUGCCAAGUGCUGAGAGAACAGUGGAUACGGGCCAAAUAUGAACGCAAAGAGUUCACCGAGCUGGGAAAACACCUGCCGUAUUCUGAUGGGGUGAAGGAAGGUAUCCUCUGGAAGCGAGGUCGAGACAAUGGGCAGUUCCUACCCCGCAAGUUCCUCUUGUCUGAGAGAGAGGGGUGUCUGAAGUAUUUCACCAAGCAGGAUGCCAAAGAACCCAAAAUCAAUGUUAAAAUAGAUGUCAUCAAUGCUACGUUCCAGCCAGUGAAGAUUGGGAACCCCAAUGGCCUGCAGAUCACCUAUCUCAAAGACAACAAGACCCGGAAUAUAUUUGUCUACCAUGAAAGUGGAAAGGAGGUAGUGGACUGGUUCAAUGCCAUUCGUUCUGUGCAGUUCCAUUAUCUGAAGGUAGCAUUUCCCAUUGCCAGCGAUAAUGAGAUUAAAAAUCGGCUGACAAGAAACUUCCUGAAGGAGGGAUACAUGGAGAAGACUGGUCCCAAGCAGAGAGAGGCUUUUAAGAAGCGCUGGUUUACGCUGGAUCACCGCAGGCUCAUGUACUUCAAGGACCCUUUGGAUGCAUUUGCUAAAGGUGAGGUAUUUGUGGGCAGCAGAGAGAAUGGAUAUAGCGUCCAGAAGGGAUUGCCUUCGGGGACACAGGGCAACUUCUCUUGGCACUAUGGCCUCACCAUUGUCACCCCUGACCGGGAAUACCUCUUCACCUGCGAGACAGAGACUGACCAGCUGGACUGGAUCGCAGCCUUCACUAGCAUCAUCAACCAGGCCAUGACACCACAGGAAUAUGCAAUUGAAGCCUACUUCAAGUUUAAAUCCUAGGAAGCCGUGCAGGAACCUUGCUAUGACUCGACUCUACCUGGACCUGUUGGGUGGGCUGUCAGGAGAGGAGACGAGAUCGACG